AUGAAGAAGAAAUUUAAGUUUCAAGUCAAAUUUCAUUUACAAGAAUUAGUCUCUGUUCCGUUUGUCAACGGUGCUCUCUUUGCUAAAAUUCGCUUACUUCAUGGGGGUAAAUUUGUAGCCUUUUCGCCAAGGGAAGAAAUUCGUAAUCAUUCUGUUAGUUGGCAAUCGGAAUACGAAUUUUCAUGUAAAAUAUCAGCUAACGAAGAAACUGGUAUUUUAGAAAACUGCUGUUGUCGAGUUUCGAUACGAAAGGAAAUAAAAGGUGGACAAAAGUGUCAGAAGCUGGGCUACGUUGAUCUUAAUCUCUCAGAAUUUACGGGAGGCAAGACUGCGCGCAGAUUUCUACUAGAAGGGUAUGAUUCUUCUCAUCGUCAGAGCAAUUCAAUAUUAAAGGUUGAUGUGCGCUUAAGUUUAAUUUCUGGAGAUCCAGUUUUUAAAGCGCCGGUUCCUGAAGUUACUUUGAGAGAUCGUUCUCACAAUAGUAAUAGCGGCGAGAGCUCAAAAAAUCUCACUUGGCAUGGCAGAAUUAGCACAACGAGUAAACCAGUAAUCUCGCCUAGUCGGGCUCGUGCUCAUGGAUCUAUGGAUAUGGUAAAUCUAGGCGCGAAUAGAGAUACGGGGUCAAAUAUGAUGCACGGACGUACCGAUAGCGAUUUAUCGCGUAACUCGGGAUCGUCUUCAAGCAAUAACUCACAAUCUCGGCGCGACAGUGACAAUAGUUCUGGUUCUGGCGAGCAUGAGCGGAGAAAAGGCUAUUACGGCAAGCAGCAGUAUCGAGGCAGUGGUCUGUACAAUUCAAGAAUAAAUGCCGAUGAUGUUGUGAACGAAAUUAUUAACAGCCACGAUUUUUCAGCGGAAUCGAACGCUUCUGAUCGCACCAAUCUGGAAUUGGUAGUAUCUGGAGGAGUGGCUAUGGUCAAUUAUCGCCCAAUGACAUAUGAAUUACUUACCGGAAUGCUAAAUGCACAAGUUGUGUUAUUUAAUCAUGAUGUUAAGUUUCAUGCCAGCAGGCUGGCGAAAGAUCAUCCGGAUGUAGUAGAUUCACUUAAUGCUGUGUUAUAUCUUCCGAGUUAACACUAUCAAGUAAAAGGCUUCAAUGUACGUUUAAGAUAAAUUGCACUUCCAUUUACAAUAAGAAUAAACUAACAGAACC